GCUCGGCUCAGCUCUCGCUUGGCGCCGCGCGUCCCGGCUCUCGCGAGAGCGGCGGGCGCUGCCCGGCCGGUGCCUGGGCCCGGAGCGCCGCCGCCUCGCCCUGCCCCCAGCCCUGCGGCCCCGCCGCCAUCGACAGCGGGGCGGGACGGGGCUGCACACCCCGCGCCGCCGCGGCCGCCGGGCAUGAAAAUGAGUUGCACUAUUGAAAAAGCCCUCGCAGAUGCGAAAGCACUGGUAGAACGGCUAAGGGAACAUGACAACGCAGCAGAAGCUCUUAUUGAACAGACUACAGCUCUUAACAAGCGGGUUGAAGCAAUGAAGCAGUACCAAGAAGAAAUUCAAGAGCUCAAUGAAGUAGCAAGACAUCGUCCUCGGUCUACGUUAGUGAUGGGUAUCCAGCAAGAAAACAGACAGAUUAGGGAAUUGCAACAGGAAAAUAAAGAACUACGCACAUCUCUUGAAGAACAUCAGUCUGCUUUGGAACUCAUAAUGAGCAAGUACAGAGAACAGAUGUUUAGGUUGCUAAUGGCAAGCAAAAAGGAUGAUCCAAGUAUAAUAAUGAAGUUAAAAGAGCAACAUUCCAAGGAGCUGCAAGUUCACGUGGACCAAAUUUCGGAGAUGGCAGCAGUAAUGAGAAAAGCCAUUGAAAUUGACGAAAGGCAUGGCUGUAAAGAGCAGGAACGGAUCAUUCAGCUUGAACAAGAAAACAAAGGCUUGAGAGAAAUUCUUCAAAUAACUAGAGAAUCAUUCCUGAACCUCAAGAAAGAAGAUGCAUCAGAGAGUACGUCUCUGUCAGGAUUAGUAACAAGCAGUGAUUUGAGCCUGAGGAAGAGCUAAAGACUGUGGAAGUCGACAAGCUUCAAUUGCACACAUUACAGAUUAUCAGGGGUCACUUGUCAAGCACUUGUUACUGAAUAGGGCACCAGCAAGCUAGUGGGUCUUAAACUCAAGUUUAGUGGCUUUUAUACUGCAUAAAUCAAAACUGGUAUUCUACAAAAACCUUAGUGACAGAUUAAUUGCCAUAGAUCUAACUUCAGUAGGGAAUGGAUUCAUGCACUUACUGAAUUGGGAAUUAUUUUUAUAUUAAGUCAUUUUGCAGAUAAAAGGCAAGGUUUCACAUGAUUUAUACAAUUCAUGGUUCAUACAAAGUUUCAGUGCACCUGUUACAUAAUAAAGAUGAGAUUUAAAAUCAUAUCUCUGACUAAAAAGUAGUAACUUAUGAAUAUGCUUUGUGCAUGAUCCAGCUUACAUUUUUUCCUUUUUAAUAAAUUUUUUAAAAAUUCUCAUUUUGCAACAAACCAGUUUAAUAGAGUGGACAGCGUAAAACUUAAGGAUUUCUGUGUUUUAGCCAUGGAGUAUCCUGUUCAAAUAUAAGGCCAAUUGCUGAAACAUGAACAGCACCUUGCAGUUGUUCAAUUUUAUUUUUUUUUAAUUCAACAAGCUUCUUUAAUAUACGUAUGCUUAAUUGUAUUUUCAAAACAUGAAAAGGGCUGCUCCCACUUUGUUGCUUUCUGGAAUGCUGACAGCAUAGUAUAAAAGUAAAAGCUAAGGCAGAAUGAUAAGAUAAAACGAGGCUUAUUUUUCUAUGGGUAAGAAUUCCCAUCCAUUUCUUCUCUUGAAGUCCAAACUUCCUGACUGGGAAAUGGCAGUCUGAAAGCACCCAAACAGUAGAGCAGAAGGGUGGUUGGGGGAUGUAGGGAGAAGCUCUAUGGCAAGGCAGGCAGUCUGCAUGCCUGUAAUCAAUACUCUUAGUUUUUUAUUUAAGUACUGAAUAUUCAUCAAGGAAUUUUUCAAGUGAGUUUCAGGUACGUAUUAUGUUUACACUAGGAAAAGUUCAAUAUACUAUACUGACAAAUAGACCGGUUGCUUUUAAUCCUGAAAUACUUGCAGAAGUGAAAAGGAAUUGGCUUUUCUAGAUCCAACUACAGCUUGUAUCAUAUGCAGAUAUGAUAGAAGUGCUACACAAGGUAGAUUUGCAGUAGAGGGGUGCUGAAAUAAUUAAUAUUUGGCUUUUGUUUGUCAGACUACUGCUUCCUUGUCAAGACAGCAAGAACAUCCUGAGCACCCUGUGUUAGUUGAAAAUGUCCCUGCUUACUGCAGGGGAGUUGGAUGAAUGACCUUCAUGGUCCCUUCCAACCCAAACCAUUCUAUGAUUCUAUUGACGUGUGUCAUCGCUUUUUGUCCAGCAUGUUAAUGCAUACUUUACUUGGAACGCACACUUGAAGCAGACUGAAAGCUUUAACCACAGAAAACUAUAGAUCUGCAUGUGCCACGCACAGCUGAAUAUUUUUGCUGUUUAUUAACUUGCAAAAUGAGUUGAACUCCUACUCGGGAAGCAACUGUCAUUUAAUGAAAUAUGAUUUUCAUUUGCAACAAGCAAAAAGAAUUAGGCAUCGAGCACUUCUAAGUGUGUCAGUUUUAACUACAUCUUUUUUUUGACUUGCUACAGCUUCGCUGGGCUCAAGGUGAAGGCAUCGCAGGUCUAAGGGUGAACUUUCAAUGCCUAGUGAACUAAUUUAUAGGAAACUUCAUAUUUUUGUUCUGUUGCUGUCAGUUGCUCCCCUGUUCUCCUAAUGCUUUCAAGAGAAAGAAGUGAAGUGGUGAGAAAGGAGCGUUUAGCAGAGAAAAUAAACGCCCAUUUUCAAUUAACUAGUACAUAUGGUAGGAAGCGCAGUUGGAAGGACAGCUAAACCAAGCUCUCCACAUAUUCACAGCACUUUUAAAUGGAGAAGCUGCUACUUCUCAUUCCGGAGCAUCUUAACUUGGUUCUAGGCUUAAGAAUACAUUGAGGACAUUCACGUACACAGAAAAAAAGCAUUUACCGUUUCCAAACUUGCUAAACAUCUGGAAUGGAAUUUUUUGAGGAAUGCUUUAGCUCAAGCACAGGCUCUGCUGGGCUGCUAUUAUUAUCUGUAAAACUUUGCCAGUGCUUCUAUAAUUUAGACUUUGCAUUUCUACAGUAGCUUGUGAGCUGGUGACUUAUCAGAAGCAACAUCUUUUUUAACAGUGUUUUGUUGUUGCAAACUUUUCAGAAAUGUUGGGUUCAAUUGAUUAAGUUAUUCUUUUUAGAAGUAUCUUUUCAGCCAUUGACUGGUAUUGGAGGCAUUUGUAUCCAUUUAAUGCUGAAUACAGUUUCAUGGCUGAAUUUCCAUGUUGUCUUUCACAUACAAUCUCAAGAGUCGUACAGCAAAGAAGGAUUGUUAGUCUGUGGCAGUUCUUUAAGGUUGCUCUAUUAUGAAAUAAUGCUUGAUUAGUGUUUAUUUUUGUAAAUUAAAGAAAAUGUGACUUAAUUUAUCUACUCCUAGUCUUCAUAUUUGAUAAUGUCUCCCCUGUCAUUCCCCUGACACUUCAGGAUUUUAAAGAACCUUCACAGUGUGUGGAGUGACUAUUUUUCAUGGCAUACCUGUUAUUUUUGUAAUGCAGAUGGCUUGAAAAGGAUUUAUGGCUAG